AAGCCCUGGGGCUCAGGGGAGAAGCCAGCACCUUAGCUAAGAAGGCAAGAUGAGUUGCAGCCUUAUUUCCCUUCUGGCCUCUUUGCUCUACCUUAUCUCUUACCUUACCUCUUCCUCCAGGGCUUUGGAGACUCUGGGCCCUGUCUCUUCCCUAGACUUGGCCACAGCUUCAGCACCACCCCAGGCUACAACUACCAGGUUUCCUCUGGGAGCAGAAGGCAGUACUGUGUCUCAGUCAUUUUCCAAUUUCACUGGCUCUGUGGACAGCCAUGGGACCUGCCAGUGUUCCGUUUCCCUGCCGGACACCAGCUUUCCUGCUGACAGAGUGGAGCGCUUAGAGUUCACAGCUUACAUCCUUUCUCAGAAAUUUGAGAAAGAGUUUUCUAAGGUGAAGGAGUAUGUGCAGCAGAUCAGCGUGUAUGAGAAGACGCUUCAGAACCUGACUGUUCGCAUAGAGGUCAUGGAGAGGGACAGCAUUUCUUACACAGAACUGGACUUUGAGCUGAUCAAGCUGGAAGUGAAGGAGAUGCAAAAACUGGUCAUCCAACUGAAGAAGAACUUUGUUGGAAGCACAGACAUUAUUGACGUGCUGGAGGUGGAGAUAAGGAAUAUGACUCUCCUGGUAGAGAAGCUGGAGACACUAGACCAAAACAACGUCCUUAGCAUUCGCCGGCAAAUCUUGGCUCUGAAGACCAAGCUGAAAGAAUGUGAGGCCUCUAAAAGUGAGCUUGUGCCUGCCACACCCCCUCCUCCUGCUCCUGGAAGCUGCAGUCACGGCGGUGUGGUGAACAUCAGUGCUCCCUCUGUGGUUCAGCUCAACUGGCUGGGAUUUAGUUAUAAAUAUGGCGCCUGGGGUCGAGAUUAUUCUCCUCAGGAACCGAACAGAACCCUGUACUGGGUGGCACCUUUAAAUUCAGAUAUGAGGGCUCUAGAAGUUUACAGACUUUAUAACUCACUGGAUAAUUUGCUAAUCUAUUCACAUUUUCGAGACUAUCGGAUUCGCUAUGGCCAAGGGGGCGGUACAGUGGCAUUCAACAACAACCUGUAUGUGAAUUGGUACAAUGGGGGGAACAUUGCCAAAAUUAACCUGACUACCAAUGAAGUUACAGUGACUCGACCUCUUCCUAUGGCUGCCUAUAAUAACCGCUUCUCAUAUGCUAAUGUGAAUUGGCAAGACAUUGACUUUGCUGUGGAUGAGCAAGGAUUAUGGGUAAUUUAUGCAACUGAGGCCAGCACUGGUAACAUAGUGAUUAGUAAACUCAAUGAUACUUCUCUUGAGGUGAUACGCACUUGGCUUACCAAGCAGUACAAACCAUCUGUUUCAAAUGCCUUCAUGGUAUGUGGAGUUCUCUAUGCUACUCGCACUUUGAACACCAAAACAGAAGAGAUUUUUUACUACUAUGAUACAAACACAGGGAGGGAAGGCAAUCUAGCCAUCGCAAUGAGGAAGAUGCAGGAAAGAAUUCAGAGCAUUAAUUAUCACCCCUUUGACCAAAAACUUUAUGUCUACAACGAUGGUUAUCUUCUGAAUUAUGAUCUUGUCUUUUUACAGGAGCCUAGACAGCCUGUCCUAAUGUAAGAUGAAGAAGAAAUAAAAAGUUUGUUGGAAAUGGCCUUCUCCAUAUACUUAGACAUCUUCAGUG